AUGGUCUCAUCUACAGCGCCCUAUGGGACUUGGUCAUCGCCUAUUACAGCACAAGCCAUAACUAAAGGGGCAAACGGCAUCGCAGAUGUUCUCGUCGACGUCAUUACUUCAGAAGUCUACCGUGUCGAAAACCGACCGUCCGAGGCAGGGCGGAACGUUCUAGUUCAUACCAAAUUAAACAAGGAUGUAGUCGGGGAAGGUUGGAAUGUCCGAACAGGCGUUCAGGAAUACGGUGGAUUAGCGGCGGUCAUUCACGCUGGUGUUAUUUACUUUUCACAUUUACCGGAUGGGCGCGUCUAUUGA